GCCCACGUUCUAUUCUUCGUUCGUUCGCACCUCAUUUCGAGGUGGAGAUCGACGUCGCCGAGCUUGUGCAUCGCACGCAUAAUUCUUGUUACGCUUGGGCUGAUACGAUGCAGUCUGUCAAAGGCAAAGAGGAGGAGGACGAGGCUACUGCGGCCAUGCAGUUUGCCCAUGAGGAGACCGAUGCGAUGCAGUCCGUCCAAGAGGACUGAGAUGCAUGGUCUGUGGAGGCGGAAGCUGGAAGCAUGCAGGCUCUGGAGAAGGGAGCUGAUCAAGAGAUCAAGUGUGACGAAGAGGGUGCACCGUCGAAGCAGCACGGGGAUGAGGUCGCGGACGAGGUACAUGGCUCAAUGCAGUGUAGGGAGGAAGUGGUGGCCGUCCCGGAGCCGAAGAUCCAUUGGAUUGAGAAUCUCGAGUUCCGGGAGUAUUUUGCUGCUCUGGAGUCGUGUCCAGUCACGAAGCUCCAAGUUAUCCAUGAAUCGAUAUCAAAAGGGCCUCAUUUGGUGCUCCGGAUCCGUAGCCAGCGAGCUGAGGAGAUCGAGGUGACGAUCUUCGCGACAGCUAGCCUUUCAAUAUACGUAGCAGUCGACGGGCGUACCCUCGGGGACUUGUACAAACUCUCAUACUGGCUGCAAAGCUCGGGGGCAGUGUUUCCCUUGGAGGUCGCUGUGUUCGACGCCAUGGAGGUGAGAGGAUUCUUGGAUCGGGUUCGUGGUCGACACAUGUGGGCUGCAAGAGUUCAGCUGCAGCUACGGCGCCAGGAUAGUGUCAUUACUAUCGGGGACUUCGUGUCCUCCACCGCUCAUGGUUUAUGGCCUGGAGAAAUCAUGUACAAAUCUGGUUAUAUUGACGAAAAAAACCCGCUCCCCGCUUUCUGAUUGUCCUGAGAGGUUACAUGAUCAUUGGGACCGUCAUAACGCUUGGCCAUCGAACUCAUACAUGUUCAUGAUGUACGUUCGAUCUCAUGGUUUAGUCGAGGAAAGUGAAUGCCUUUCGGUGAUGCUCAUGCUCAUAAUCUUGCUCCUUAUUCAGAAUCUCAAGUUGCAUGGCGAGUAUGUAGUGAAAUUGCGUUAUGUACACAUGACUACGAGCAAGGGUGAGUCCACUUUGUAACCUCAUCCGAGAAGACAACGCUGUACAUCGAGUACUUUUUACGUUUUGUUUUCUCCGUUAAAUUACCGGACGAGUUUCCAAUU